GGGGUCCAGCCAGGGUGGGGUCCAUCCUGCCGAGGGACAUCGCCACAGAGGGGUCCAGCCAGGGUGGGGUCUAUCCCUGCUCCUCCUGUUUCCCAAGGGCGGUUUCUGUCUGUGAGGCCUCACUGCCCUCCCACCCUUGUUUCGGGUGCCAGGCUGGGAUCCCUGGCCUUUGCAUCAGGGCUUCCCCUCUGUGGUUGUGGUUCUUCUGCAGAAGCCAAGGGGAAGCUGUGGUUGGCGAGGGGCCCCCAGAACCUGCCAUCAGCGUCUGCUUCCCCCAGACAGGACAGGAUAUGGGUGCGCCCGCGGGCAAGGUGCCCCAUCCCCUCCCACCCCCGUCGGGGUUCCCUGCAGUGCUACAGCCAAGGGCUGAGCUGCUGCCUGGAAGCCUGGGGGUCCUGGCUCUCCCUCCCCUCCCCGCAGCCCACACAGAGGCUUCAUUCUGCUCAGGGAGGGGCCCGGAUGUCCCACUGCCCCCUUAUGGCCUCAAAAGGUGAGGACUGGGCUCCCCCAGCCUCCCACAGACCCCACUUCCCCUUUGCUUUCUAGAAACUCCAGAAAGUACGUGAAAGGGUACAGCACUCCCCUGCUGGGGCGGGAUCUGCUGUGUGUCCUCAACAUGGGCUGACAUCGGUGGGGUGGCAAAGGGACAGCUGGUGACCAUGAUGAUCUCUGUCCCUAGGUCCUCAUCUCUGCACAGUGUCCCAUGGGACAUGCAGUGGCCCGAGGAGGGGAGGGAAGGGGUGAGACAACCUGGGGCAUCACCCCGAGCCUCUGUGGAAACCCUCCCCUCUCCUCGGGGACUCACUGCAGCCCAUCCAGAGGGGCCCAGCCCUGAGCUGCCCCUCUCCAGACCCCCAGGACAGGUGCUGAGAGACCUCGCUGGUCUCCCCCACCCUGUAGCAGGGCACUGCGGGGGCUCUGUGCAGCACACGGUGAUGUGCAGACCCUCAGGUGGUGCCAGGGCUCAGCAGGGGAGAGCUGGGACCACCCAGAACCCCGACACCAUCCCAGGUGCCCAGCACUGUCCCUUGCCUGGCUGUUCCCAUGGUGACCCAUCCUCUGGCAUUUGAGGGCAGGGCAGGGGUGUCCGGUGCCCCCUGCCCUGGGAAGUACCAGCGGUGAGUCCCAGGGCUGGGUGAGUGGGGAGGGGGGGGCAGUGGUGGACUGAGCGUGGGUCUCAUUCUCCUGUUCUGAGAACUGUGAUGCUGCUGUGGCUGCACCUUGGGGUGGCCCCAUGGAGUCCAGCCCAUAUAAGACCACAGCCCCCGGCCCUUCUGAGCCUGCAGGAGUGACACACCAGAGAUGCUGGUGCUGGUGGUACUGGUGCUGUGCCUCGUGCCUGCGGAACCCCUGACUGCCUUCCCCCCAAAGUUCCAGGUGGGGAAGCUGAACCAGGACGUGGUGCUACGAUGUGACACUUCAGAGCAGCACAUCUACUGGACACUGAAUGGAGACCAGGAGCCCAUGGCCGAACUGGUGCCCGAGGGCCAGAGCCUCACCAUCCUCGGCUUGGACCUGCCAGCCACGGGCAACUACAGCUGCUGGGCCGGCUCUGUCCUGCUGGACACCACCUACGUGGUGGUCAGCGGCACCGGCGAGGAGGAGAUCAACGUGUCCUGCCAGGCUGAGUCCUACAACGGCUCCUUCCACUGCUCCUGGCCCGGGCCCCCCUCUGCCGUCUUCCGUGCCCGUCUCACACGCAGCAACGGCUCCGUGGGGCCAUGGAUGCCAGUGGCCAGUAACCAUGGCCAGUUCAACACCAGUCUGGCAGACCCCUUGUUCUGCCCCUUCGGAGAGGAGCUGCACCCGCUCCAGCUGCACCUGGAGGGGCUCUCGGACACCUCCUACCUCAACCUCUCCAGGCACUUCUUCCUCCGUGACAUUGUGCGUCCUGACCCACCCCAGGAGCUGACCCUGCAGCAGCGGGGGGAGCAGCUCCACCUGGCCUGGGCCCCCCCGGCCUCCUGGCCGCUCCCCAAGUCCUACUUUGCGCUGCUCUACCAUCUGCAGUAUGAGCUCCACAACGGCACCCAGGUUGAGCAGUUCAUGGAGGGUGCAGAGGAGACACCGGUGCAGGCGGGCGCGCGGCGGGUGCGCAUCAGCUGCCGGGACCCCUACACUCCCCCGGCCUGGAGCCCCUGGAGCGCCUGGAUGGACUUCAGUGCACCCCAGUAACACCGGCUUCGAGGGUGCUGACCCUACAAACGGGCACCUCCUUUCCCCAGAACCCCCCUCCCUUUACAGCUCAAAAAAGGCUUUUUUUCCCCCUAUUAAAACGCUGGGAUCAGC